GAGUGUGUCCUGCGGGAGGAGAGGGCGCAGCUCCGGUUGUUAUGGUGAAGCAUUUCCCCAGAGGUCUGGCAGGAGCAGGAGCAGGAGCUGGGGACAGCAGCUGAUUCAGUUUCACAACCGCAGACUUGCACAGGAGCUACAACUGACAGUCAAUUCAACAGCUUACAGUUGAAGACAGAAGACAAUGUUGUUGAGAGACGGAUCAUUAAAACCUUCGUUCACAGAUACCUUCUUCUGAAGACCUGCCAAAAAGUACAACAACAACAACAACAACAACAACAAGUUGACUUUGGAAUAGUCUCAACUCACCACCAUGGGAUACAUGCAUCCUGUCCCUUAAAGUAGGCCUUGUGUAAAUCCCACGGAUGCCCCUUUUUAUUGGUGUUGCUUAAACUCGCCAGUUCUUCCUACCCUGUGGAUUUCUUGUCCACCAGCACUACAUUCUCACUAUCGAUUCUCAAGGACUUGCCCCUCUGUUGGAUCUAAUCUUGGACACAGUCACCACCACUUUGGAUUAUAAACUCAGAUGGAGCAUCCAACCUGGAGAAUAGUUUGACUCUGCCUUUCUAGCACUAUCUUUUCUCUCUCUGUCUCUCUUUUCCCUCAGUGGAUCAUUGGCCACGGCCCAGCAGUUGAUAUGGAUGGGAGAACUGACAGUUGGUUACAAUCCACAGCUUGGAUGAUAAUGUUUUGGACAUCUUUCUCUCUCCUUCUCCCCAUUGCACCAUAAGAGUUGUUAUCAUGAAAGAUGGGAAAGAGACAUUGCAAAAAUUCUACAUGUUGCUUACUUCUGAAAUCAUGGUGAUAUCUGUCACCUGAUUGCACAACAUAAGUUGUUUUGGUUCGUCAUACUGUAGAUUUUUUGCUGCUUCGUCUAUAAAUUUACAGAUAAUCUGCAUUAUCUGUUUGCACUCUUCCACAGGCCCUAACGUAGGCCUGUUGGGCCUUACAGAAGGGCCUCUUUGGUAGGCAUAAAGGAAGUAUAUGAUACAGUCAGAAGCCUGAAACAUUUUAUAUUUAAUAUCCAUUUGGACUAAGAGAAACUAAUAGAGAAGCCACUGUGACAGUUCAUUGUGUUGUGGUGGCAUGGCAGCAGAGCACAGCGAGCUCCUGGCUGAAAUGGCCACCAUCGGGCGUCUUAGUGCCACCGAACGCCUAAAGCACGCCCAGAAGCGGCGCACUCAACAGCUGAAAGGAUGGGCACAGAUGGAGAAGGAUGCAACACGAGGGUCGAGGGCCAAAGCAGAUAAGAAGAAGCCUCGCACCACCAAAGUUAGAUUCCCAACGGCAAUCACCCUUCUAGAUGCAGCUGCACGCAAUGACCUGGACGAGGUGAGGGAGCUACUUAACAGUGGUGUCAGCCCAGAUCUGGUCAACGAGGAUGGACUGACCGCCCUACAUCAGUGCUGCAUUGAUGACUUUGUGGAGAUAGUGCAGUGCCUGCUGGAUGCUGGUGCCUGUGUGAAUGCCUGUGACAGUGAGCUGUGGACACCGUUGCAUGCUGCUGCCACCUGUGGACACACUGGAUUGGUGCAGCUCCUGAUUCAGGCUGGGGCUGACCUGCUGGCUGUCAAUGCAGAUGGCAACAUGCCGUAUGACCUCUGUGAGGAUGAGGCCACCCUCGAGCUGCUGGAGAUGGUUAUGGCUGAACAAGGAAUAACUCAGGUCCACAUAGAUGAAUGUCGAGGGGCUAAAGAGGCGGCCAUGCUGGCUGACGUUCAGGCUCUGGUUAACAGCGACGCAGACUUGAAUGCACAGGACGCUAAUGGAACAACACUGCUCCAUAUAGCGUCUGCUAAUGGCUACAUGUCUGUGGCGGAACUAUUGCUAGAGCACAGAGCUCUCGUGGAGGUGAAGGACUCUGAUGGCUGGACGCCACUACAUGCUGCCUCCUGCUGGGGACAAAUCCAAAUGGUGGAACUGUUGGUGGCCCAUGAAGCCAGUUUAAACUCCAAGUCUGUCCUGGAGGAGACACCUCUGGACGUGUGUAUGGAUGAAGAGGUCAGAGCCAAACUGAUGGACCUGAAGAACAAACAUGAUGCCAUCAUGAAGAGCCAGGACCGGCAGAAGGGCACACUGCAAAGACGAGCCUCUAGUACUGGCAGCAGAGGUAAGGUGGUACGUCGUGUCAGUGUGAACGAGCGCUCCAGUCUGUACCGGCGGGAGCACCAUAAAGAGGCCAUGGUGUGGCAGGAGCGCGGCCGACAGCCAGAGCCACAUGACGACGACGAAGACAGACAAACAGACAAUGAGCUGAACCAGCAUGCCACCAUGGUUGCUGGUGGUGGAGCCGCAUCACGUUUAGAGGAACUGGAGGCUGCAGACAGGAAAAUCAUGUCCAGCCUAGGUAAUGGAGGCACCUCUGUUUCUCUGUCCUCCUCUGUCCCUGGAGAGCUGUGGACUGGUGGAGGUCUCAUGGAUCGCAGCGCCUCGUACCAGCUCAGCCCUGCAUCUGGGUCAGGGUCCACAGAGGGUGAGGGGGCAGACAGUAUGACUAGAGAGAAAUCGCACCAUACACUGGCUGAUCUGAAACGCCAGCGAGCCGCUGCCAAGCUCAAUAAGUACCCAGCGCCUCCCCCGCCGCUGCCCCCUUCUUUGGAGGAGGAGCCUUCUGUUGCAAUGGCCGAUGUGACAAACACUCAGGCCCAGCCAGAGCUCCAAAUGACCCCCAAUGCAGAGGAGGUAGCCUCACCGAGCCAGGUGUACUUCACCCCAGCCAGCGGAGACCCUCCGCUGCUGAAACUCAGAGCCCCUGAGGAGGACCAGUCUAACAAUAAGGAGCCUUGCUGUGGGCUCAUGUAGACAGCCUGGCACACACAAAGACACACAAUUUAUUUAUUAUUUUUGUUCUAGAAGGCGCAACACACUCCAGAUGCCUCUCCGUCAGCUCCGCAAAAUGUAUGCUGAAUUGUCUGUUUUACAAAUAUUAGUUGUGCUUUACGUGGUUGCCGUUAAACGGUGAUGGCAUGUGGCUAUAAGUCCCUCAUCAAAAUCGGGAAAUCAACUUUCCAGUCUCCUGUGCUAGCCUGGGCUAGCUAGCUUGCUGGCCCAUGAAGUUUUCAACUUUAAAACAUCAGCGUAAACACAGAGGAAAAAGGAGGAUGGCUAUCAGCUACGACCUAUGGCUACGAUCCGAAGACCAUCUCUGUGGUGCUGUGGUGUCCUUUUGCCGAAACUUUGGCUGGAUCCAGGAGUGCCGGUGCCAUUUAACUGGGGGGACUAUUUUUGUGUGUGCCGAUCUGACGGCCACAUUCUGCUUAAUGUUGAAUCAUGCACAAGUUUAAGGAGCUGAUUGGAUACCAUUUCAUUGGAAUUGUAUCUCAUACAAUUUCAUACGACAAAUAGUUGAUUGAUUGACACAUAUAGUGCCUUUAGAGUAUAGAAGCUGGGCAUUUUACACUCCAAAAGUGGCAAAAACCUUUCAAAACAGUCAUGCUUGAAUUGAAUCAUUGAGAUAACUGUGAGUUAAGGCCACAUGCCAAUGAGGUGUUGAUCUGCACUGCAUUUCAAUAAACUGAAGUGCAAUCUUUGUGCUUAUUUCCUAUUUUGCUUACCUUUUUUUCAACAUGAUACACACUUUACACUUAAGGUCCUACCGUUUGCUGUUGCUCCCUCUUAUUUAUCAACUGCACCAUCUGUUGGACGGCAGGUGUCCAUCUGGUGACUCAGUGCACUACAGAUUCCAGUUUUGCUAUCACAAGAAAAUAUUUACUUUCCUCAGCCUUUGUUCAAUACUUUAUCUAUAUUAUGCUAACUAAAUUGACAUUUCAUUAAAAAGCCUUAGAAUUGUGUAAAAGUUGAUUUUAGCCAUGUAAACGUGAAUGAAAUUGAAUUGCAGUUCAAUAUGAUCUGUUUUAAAUUAAGAAUGAGGUUAAAGUUAGUUUUUCUCCACUGAGUGCUAUGAAGGGUACGUGAUCUACAUUCCUAUACAUUUACAUUAUAAGACAGUUUUUUUUUUUCUGGUUGGGAGAUUUCUUCAUAGAGGAUAAUUUCAAUAUACACUACAGAUACAGUACUCUGAAUUUACACAUUCACACAAAGAUGAAAAUAAGAACUGUUUCAUUGCUUUGAUUUUUUUUUUUUUUCUCAGUGCAAAGAAAAGCCUACAUUUCAAUAUUUCUAAUAGUACAAUUUGUAAGUUAAGUGCUUGUCUCUAAAUGAAUGUGAGAUCAUCUACAAAUAUUUGAAUUAGUAUAUAAGAUACUUAGCCCAUCAUUAUCAUUUCUAGAGUUCUAUUUUUCUGUCAUUUCAGUUCUUCUACCCUCUGAAUAGAAUCACAUUAUUUAUUCUGAUACUGUAUAUUGCCGAUGGUGUACAGUUCUAUUUUUUAAAGAUUAAAAAGUGUGAAGGCAAGAUAUUUAUCAAGAAGAUAAUAUAUUGUUAUAUUGUCAAACCAAGUAAUCUUGUCAUGUGAUUAUUUGUCAAAGGUUGUGGCCUUCUUUAGUGCAAUGCUUGCACAAAGUCCCACGUGUAAAUUUGGUGAGCAGUGGGAUAAAAUGAUCGAACGGGCGUGGACUCCAACCCGAUGUGCUGUCACUGCAAUUUAAUUUCUGCAUUGCGUUUCAGUUUUGAUAGUGAUUUUUACUGAGCACUGUUUAGAAAAAACAAACAUAAAAAACAGUAAUUUCACAAAA